UAUUUUAAUCCAACACUCUUAUCCUCUUUAUGUGCGUUCCUUUUUAGCUUGUGAUACUGCUUUUCUCUUUUCUGCUUUUCCCUUCCUCAUUGGACAAAACACUUUCUGUUCCCAGCCAUGGCACCAUUUUCAGUGAAGGUUAAAUUAAAACUGGGCUGCUGUGAUCCUCUACACACGGCACUCAGGCUCUAAUUCAAUCAGGACGGGUGACAGAAAAGACUUGGGGAAUGCGGCCCUCUGUGGUGAAAUACUUUGAAGCCGCUGCGGUUGCUGCUGGUAACCGCGGCGGCCUCGAUUCGGCCGGCAGCUCUGCCUGGAAAAGGUGGACACAGAGAGCGAGAGAAUUUCCAGUUCAUUGACUUAUAAUUGGAUACUUGACAAACACACUUGUCUGAAAGGGACAAGCUGGCAAUGAAUGAUAAUGCUAAUGAAAUUAAAGCUAUUCAUUAGUUGUUUUGAAGUGGUCCAGGCCCGGUGCUCAACCCUUGAUUCACAGUCCAGUGGAACAAACCAUUCUGUCAAAAAGCGAAGGGUGGGAGGCGUCAGGGAGUAGAAAAACAACAUGUCACCUAUAAAGAAGUGUAAUAACAGUAACUAACUGUGUGUGUGUUUGUGUGUGUGUGUGUGUGUGUGUGUGUGUGUGUGUGUGUGUGCGUGUGUGUCCCAAAACAAAAGCAUUCCCAGCCCAUCGUUGGUGUAAACUCUUGAUAUACAGUAUCUUCGUUUUUUUUCUAUUUGUAUAAAGACGUGUAAGACAAAGCGCCACUGAGUGAUGUCCCCCAUCGCACAAUGAUGUUGCCACGGCGCCGAGGCCAAGACUCCAGCAUGGGUCUGGUUCUCGGGCCCCUGGUGUCGCCAGUGUUGAUGCCAGUGUGGGAAUGCCAGAGCUGUCCGUCACACACACACAUAUACACGCACACACACACACAAACAUUUCAAGCAGCUUUUUGAAGGAGUCUGGUUUGCUUUUCAAGAUGCAGGAAAGUAGAAAGGAGCAGCAGAUAUGCAGCAGAGUAGACCUCUGUGUUUGUCUGGAUUUAAACCCAAAGCCAGAUACAUACCUAAUGAAUCUGAACUGAUUUAUUUUUUAUGUUUUUGGGUCUUUGCAUCUGAUUGUGCGCGUGUGAUGCCAUUCAAGUUCUCCAAAGACAAGUUCUGGUUGGAGCCACCGUCGGAGAAACUGAAGAAGCAGCUGGAGGAGGAGCUGAAGCUGAGCGGCAGCAACCUGAAGAGCCACGCCUGGUACCACGGACCGAUCCCCUGGGAGGUGUCCGAGAGUCUGGUCGUAAAUCCCGGUGACUUCCUCGUCAGGGACUCUCAGUCAAGCCAGGGCGACUUUGUCCUCACCAGCCACUGGGAGAAGAAAACACUUCACUUUGUCAUCAGGAAGACGAUGGUUCAGUCCGGUGAGACAUACACUCGGGUCCAGUACAGCCUGGAGGACGAGGCCUUCGACUCUUUACCGGCUCUUGUUCAUUUCUACGUGGGGAGCAAGGCGGCUCUGACCCGGUGGAGCAAAGCUCAGAUUCACCGGCCUGUGAACAGGACGCUGCCUCUCAGCUACCUGGAGACAUCCUUCUGGACCGCCGUCAGCCCCCCGUCCUGUCACAAAGGGCUAAAAAAUGGCAGCGUGAGCGGAGAGGAGAGGGUCUGUCCCAGAAGUCCUUCAUUUCUGCACCACAGGGAGGCCGAUGUACACAGGGAACAGGAUGAGCGGCUUCUGAUGACUGCUGGAGAAUCCUCUGUCUCUACUCUGUACAACACCCCACAGUCUAGAAGCCCUAACAGUAGCCGGGCAGCCAGCGUGGCUCCAUCCCCGUCCCUCUCCAGGCGCUUUGAUACCGGCCGACCCCUGUCCUCUCCCAAAAGCACCCUCCGCAGACAGUGUAACAACAGACCCCAACCUCUUCUGAACCAGGACUCCCCGUCCUCUGAUGCUGGUGGAAGCUGCUACACAGAGCUGCACCCUGGCCCCCACAGCUACGUGGAGAGGCUGCGGGUGGAGGAAGGGUCAGCGGGCAUCGAUCAGCUGAGGUUGGAGGACGGGAACGUGUACUUCUCGCCAGUGGUGGAGGCGGUCUCGUCUUUCAAACCGAGCAGGUAUCUGUCGCCGCUGAUGCCCAAGGAGAAUAAGCCUUUGGAAGUGGGCAUCCUGCGGAGAGUGAAGGAGCUGCUGGCAGAGGUCGACCCCAGGACAGCGGCCAAACAGAUCACCAAGGCUGACUGCAUGGUGGCCAGAAUUCUGGAGGUGACCCCGGAGGUGCAAAGGAUGAUGGGAGUUAGUUCUGGGAUGGAGCUGCUUACGUUACCACAUGGCACACAGUUAAGACUGGACCUACUGGAGAGGUUCCAAACCAUGGCGAUCAUGCUGGCUGUGGAUGUGUUGGGCUGCACAGGGACGACUGAGGAGCGGGCCGGCCUGCUACAUAAAAUCAUCCAAAUCGCAGCUGAGCUCAAGAGCACCAUGGGCAACAUGUUCGGGUUUGCUGCCUUCAUGAGAGCUCUAGAGCUGCCGCAGGUGUCUCGUUUGGAGCAGACCUGGACGGCGUUACGGCAGCGACACACAGAGGGGGCUAUUCUCUACGAGAAAACUCUGAGGCCGUUCAUGAAGAGCCUGAAUGACGGGAGAGAAAGCUGUCCGCUGUCCAGCACCACCUUCCCCCACGUCCUACCCCUCCUGUCUCUGCUGGAGAAGAGCAUAGCGGUGGGUGAGGGGACAGAGCCGUGGGAGACGGUGGAAGUCGGGGUGGACGUGGUCAUGUUCCACCUGGGGGCGGCGAGGACCAUCGCUCAGCUGGGGGGCAUCUACCGCUCCAACGCUGAGAGCAAACUGCAAGGAUUCCAGGAGCAGGCGGAGAUCCUGGAGCUCUUCCUGACCGACUUCCAGAUGAGGCUGCUGUGGGGGAGCAGGGGAGCCGAGGAGAGCCAGGAUCUGCGAUACGCCAAGUUUGACCAGGUGCUGACAGCCUUGUCCAACAGGCUGGAGCCGCCUGUACGACCGUGCUGACCCAAGACCUGUUUUUAAUGGCUUAGUUUAUCCGGGAUGAGCUCAGAAACACAUAGAUGCAGAUGAUGGUGGAGGCACUGGAAGUAUAAAGUAAGACAGCACCCUGGAGGACAGAAGAGGCAAACCGAGAAGCUACAAAAUGUACAGUUCAGCUCCUGCUUUGGUGCUUUUUUUCCCAAACUGUAUUUUCAUUUACCAAAAUCUAUAUUCUUUUUAAUAUUUUUUUGGGCUUUUCUGCCUUUAAUGGAUAGGACAGGUGAGAAAGGGGAGAGAGAGAGA